AUGGAUAAAGUAAAACCAGUCAAAAUACCAAGUUUGAAAAACAAAGAGAAAAGAACACCUAAGAAGGAAGAUUUUAACUAUCGUGAAAUAGUAAAAAGUUUACUAUACCUGUCAACUAAGACUAGAUCAGAUAUAUCUUCUGGAGUUAGUUAUAGUAACAGUUAUAUGGAAAACUAUAAUCAAGAGAAUAUAAAUGAUGUAAAGCAUAUUAUGAAAUAUUUAAAAGGUACACCUGAUCAUGGAAUUCAGUACAACAAGGGUGGAGAUUUAUCAUUUCCUCAAGCUUAUUGUGAUGCUGAUUUUGCAGGCGACGAGCUAACAAGACGCAGCGCAACUGGAUAUAUUAUAUUCUACAAAAACGCCCAAAUAGGUUGGUGUUCGAGAAGACAACCGAAUAUAGCUUUAUCAAGCACUGAAGCGAAAUAUGUAGCAACAGCAAAAUGUUGCAAGAAACUAUAA